AUGUAUACAGUCGUGGCUGUAUUUUGUACUUUACUGCACAUCGGAUCAACGGUGCUGCCCUACGGCUCGGACAAAUGCGUUCGAGUCUCAGAUCGAGCAUUGGACAGUGGAGUACUCUGCAGGAUACGAACACUUGACGGCGAUGGGAGCAGUAUUAUAUCAGUUUCAUCGGAUACUAAUCGCUUGGCAAUAGAGUGUAAUCAUCUAUUGCUUUUUGAAAGCUCUUUAAGAGCACACUACUUUAAUCCGGUAUCCAGCCUUACUCAACUGUCAAUAAACAACUGCAAGUUAUUACGUCUGCCUGAUAAUACAUUUAAUGAAUUGAAAAAGCUUAAAAAGUUAAAACUGCGAACCAAGAAUUUUGAAUGGAGCCCUACUAAGAACUUGGAGUUAUCUCUGAACGCUUUUAACGGGUUGUCAGAACUGCAGUCGUUGGAUCUUGCUCAGAAUAACAUAAAAUUUGUUCCUUCCGGCGUAUUCUGCGGCUUAGAAAAUUUGAGUUCAUUGAAUUUGACGCAUAAUAGAAUAAGGACAGUUGGACAGCUUGGAUUUGGACAAGGCUGUGGAUCAAAUUUACAUAAUUUGGAUUUAAGUUACAAUGAAAUCAAAUCGCUACCAGAGAACUCCGAAUUACUGAAAUUGAGAAGUUUACAACAUUUAUAUUUGCAACAUAACAAUAUCUCCGACAUAUCAAGUGAAGCUUUUAAUGGCCUUGUUUCAAUGAGGGUUCUUAACAUAUCACACAACCAACUUCAUACGCUCCCUGAAGGCCUCUUUGCUAACGCAAAAGAAUUAAGAGAAAUUUAUUUAAAUGAUAAUACUCUUUUUGAAUUGGCUCGAGGAAUAUUUCAUCGUUUGGAACAACUUAUUGUCUUAGACUUAUCCAGUAACCAACUUACAAGCAAUCAUAUCGAUGAUGGAACUUUUUUGGGAUUAAUUCGCUUGAUAGUAUUAAAUUUAUCAAACAACGCUUUGACGAGAAUCGAUGGAAAAACUUUUAAAGACUUAUUCGUAUUACAAAUUUUGAAUCUCAAGAACAACACAAUUGGAUAUAUUGAAGAAAAUGCAUUUUUACCGUUGUAUAAUUUACAUACACUUAAUUUAGCGGAGAACCGCCUUCAUACAAUAGAUGAAAACUUAUUCAAUGGCCUUUUCGUACUGAGUAAAUUGACUUUAAAUAACAAUUUACUAGUAAAUAUAGAUCGAAAAGCUUUUAAAAACUGUUCUGAUUUGAAAGAGCUAGACCUGAGUUCAAACCAGCUUUUGGAUGUGCCCGAAGCACUAUGGGAACUGUCUUUUCUUAAAACCCUUGACAUUGGAGAAAAUCAAAUUUCUCAGUUUCGAAAUGGUUCGUUCAAAAAUUUAAAUCAAUUAACGGGCCUACGAUUAAUCGACAAUCAAAUCGGAAACCUUUCUGUCGGAAUGUUUUGGGACUUACCAAGCUUACAAGUGCUCAACAUUGCUAAGAACAAGAUUCAGUCAAUCGAGAGAGGAACUUUUAGCAGAAAUACGCAACUAGAAGCUAUACGACUCGACGGGAAUUUCUUGUCCGACAUCAACGGCGUCUUCUCAACGCUCGCAAGCCUUUUGUGGCUCAAUUUAUCGGAAAAUCAUCUAGUGUGGUUUGAUUACGCGUUUGUGCCCAGCAAUUUAAAGUGGUUAGACAUUCACGGCAAUUUUAUUGAACACUUAGGUAACUAUUACAAGUUGCAAGAUGAAAUCCGUAUAAAGACAUUGGAUGUUAGUCAUAAUCGCAUCGUGGAAAUUUCGCCAAUGGCGAUCCCAAAUAGUGUGGAACUGUUAUUUAUUAACAAUAACUUUUUAAAUAGUAUUCAUGUGAACACGUUUUUCGAUAAAAAGAACUUGACGCGGGUCGACAUGUACGCUAAUGAAAUUGUACGUUUAGAACUUAAUAGUUUACGACUAUCUACAGUGCCGGGCAAUAGGUCUUUACCCGAAUUUUAUAUUGGUGGCAACCCGUUUCAAUGUGAUUGUGCUAUGGAAUGGUUACCAAUCAUUAACAAUAUGACCGCAAUGAGGCAAUACCCUCGUGUGAUGGACUUAGAAAACGUUUUGUGUAAAAUGACAAACACUCGAAGUGGAACUCAUGUGCCCCUAAGUAGUUUAAAGACAACAGACUUUCUUUGUAAGUAUGAGACUCAUUGUUUUGCCAUCUGUCACUGCUGCGACUACGAUGCGUGUGAUUGUGAAAUGACCUGCCCUCAAAAUUGCACUUGUUACCACGACCCACUGUGGAAUACAAACGUUGUAGACUGUUCCGGACAAUCUUCAAUUGAAAUACCACAAAAAAUACCAAUGGAUGCUACAGAAGUAUUUUUAGAUGGAAAUAAUAUAAAAGAACUACAAAAUCAUGUGUUUAUUGGGCGACAGAAAAUGAGAUCAUUGUAUGUGAACAAUAGUAAUGUUGAUAGCAUCCAGAACAGAACUUUUGCCGGUUUGAACUCUCUUCAAAUACUUCACUUAGGCAACAAUAAGCUCAAGGAAUUAAAAGGAUAUGAAUUUCAUCAACUUAGUAAUUUAAAAGAGUUGUUUUUACAAAACAAUCUUAUUAGUCAUAUUGCUAACAUAUCAUUUCUUUCAUUAAAGUCUUUAGAAGUUUUGCGCCUAGACGGCAAUAGAUUAGUUGAUUUUGGUGUGUGGACUUUUAAUAACAACCCAAAUUUAAAAGCCUUGUCACUUGGCAACAACCUUUGGUCAUGCAAAUGUCGUUAUUUGCAAGAAUUGACUGCAUAUUUGGCGGAGAAUGCGCAAAAAAUUAUUGACAUAACCGACGUAUGGUGUUGGAAUGGCGAUGCAAAGCCGCCGCAGAAAAAAGAACUCAAUUUAAACGGUACAGCCUGCAGCGAUUAUUAUGCUGAUAAUUCAGUCAUCGGAAAUAUGCUUGUGUCAAACUAUGUUCCCAUGAUGGUCUCGACGCUUACUGGCUUUAUGCUAAUUUUAUUAGCCCUUGUUAUUCUAUUUCUUUUUAGAGACUCACUUAGAGUAUGGCUGUAUACAAAUUGUGGCAUUAGAGUGUUCUCAUUUUCGGGAACUUUUGAAGAGAGUCAAAAAUUAUACGAUGCGUAUGUUUGCUACAGUCCAAAAGAUGAAGAAUCCAUUGUUCAAUCAUUGGCUAACGAGUUAGAACGAGAAAAUGGAAACCCAUCAUACCGACUCUGUCUUCAUUAUAGAGACAUUCCACACCACGGCGCUCAAUACAUGCAAUGCGCGCCGCCUAUUAUCGAGACCGCAGAAGCAUCGAAACGAAUCAUCAUCGUACUAACGAGAAAUUUUAUGCAAACAGAAUGGUCUCAAUACGAAUUCCGACAAGGGUUGCAUGAAGCGUUAAAGGGAUGUAUUUAUAAACUAGUACUAAUAGAAGAAUAUUCAGUUGUGGCGGAUGCCAUGUGUAACCCCGACAUGCGUCCCUAUCUAAAAACAGGGUCGCGACUGACAUGGGGUGAAAAAAGAUUUUGGAAACGGUUGAGGUACAUGAUGCCUGACACAUCUCCGAAUAAUAAAGCACGAAGUUUGAAUACUUACACGUUAGAUUCUUCUGUGCCUCACCGUGGUCCUCGUACCUUGCCUUUUCCUGAAAGGUCACCUGUGUUAUGUUCCGCUCAAGGUGCUAGUGCUCCACCUGAGUACAGUAGUGAGGUGAGGCAGACGCCAUUAGCUGUCAGACAGACACAAGCAAUGGCUUAUGGGCCGGAUGGAAGGCCUAUCUCAGAUCACAUUUACUCAUCAAUAGACUCAGAUUACUCGUCGUUGGAGCACGGCAUGGCCCCGGGCAGGCGGCGAGAAAUGCGGCAAUGGCCGCCGCCACCGCCUCUCGUCAACACGGGUAAUGCCGUGCAAGCCUACCUAGUCUAG